AUGAAAAUCGCCGAUUCCAUCCUUGCGGCUCUUCUCUCCCUAGGGACGCUGGGUGCUGCUUCCUCUUCCUGCGAUACCAGCAAACUAAACACCACGGCCUAUCUGUAUCCCAUUACUAAAGAGGGAACCACGGUCUUCGAUGUUGCGCGCGCAACCAAGCGCGGCGUUUGUGAUAUCGGCCGUCACAACAUCAUGGCCGAUGUGACAAUCACCCCCAACGUCGGCCAGGAGCUCAUAAUUCCGCCCCAGACAUGCACGCCCGACAACCAUUCCUGUCUCAUCAAAGAUGAGGGUCGCACUCGCGACUGCAUCUACGGUGGUCCACGUCUUUACUAUACCGUCAACGGCGACACCUACGAGCGCAUCGCGAUCCGCCUCAACAUCACGACCGAAUCACUCUCCGGUGGGGAGUCUGCAAACACCACUUUGCCUGUAGGCAAAUUCAUCAAGGUGCCCCAAUGCUCGCCCAGUCAAUGCAUCAUUCAGCCUUAUUCGUUCGAGUGGGGUGUCUACAAAGACCUGGCAGAGAAAUUCGACACCACGGUUGGCCAGAUUAUGAUGCUCGGUCCGACGUACAACUAUAGCACUACGGCAUUUUCGAAGGAUAGCACCUACCCGUCUAUUGACCUUGCUAUCAACUGCACGUUGUUGUCGAACAAUGUCACCGUCCUGAGCUAG